UGCACUCCUUAACAAUUCACAAGUCCCCUGCUACAUCUUUCUUCAAUAUUAAGAAGAGUCCCCCGGAUGCAACAUCCUCACAACCUCUUGUAGUCUUAUCUCAAGUCCAUAGAAUUAGAAUUCCUUGUUUCUUCUCUCCUCCACCUUCUUGUUCUCCUGUGCCGCAGCCAUGGCUAGGAAGUGCUCUAGCUGUGGGAACAAUGGCCACAACUCUAGGACUUGCAGCGGGCACCGAAGCCUGGAGAACAGCGGCGGCUGCGGAGGCGGUGUGAGGCUGUUCGGGGUGCAGCUGCACGUAGGUUCUCCUCCUAUGAAGAAGUGCUUCAGCAUGGAGUGCUUGUCGUCCUCGGCACCGGCGUAUUACGCGGCUGCUCUUGCUGGUGCCUCCAGCUCCUCACCGUCCGUGUCGUCGUCGUCGUCGCUUGUUUCAGUGGAUGAGACCGCCGAGAAGAUGACCAACGGCUACCUCUCGGAUGGGCUCAUGGGCAGGGCUCAAGAGAGGAGGAAGGGGGUUCCAUGGACCGAGGAUGAACACCGGAGGUUCCUAGCAGGCCUCGAGAAGCUCGGGAAAGGCGACUGGCGAGGCAUCUCCCGGCACUUCGUCACGACGCGAACUCCGACGCAGGUCGCCAGCCAUGCUCAGAAGUACUUCCUCAGGCAGAGUAGCCUCACACAGAAGAAGAGAAGGUCCAGCCUCUUCGACGUGGUUGAAAACGGGGAGAAGGCAACGAGUGUGGCCGGACGCUUGAAACUGAGAGACGAGACUAGCUCAAUGUCUGAAGUGGAAUUCCCUGCUCUAUCUCUCGGCAUCAGCAGGCCAAAGCCUGAACAUGUCUUGCCUCCAAGUCUAUCCCUGACGCCACGGUGCUCAGCUGCAAUGAGCAGCAGCACGUCGCCAAACUUUGCACCGAAACACCCUUCCCUGACGAUGUCAAAACCUCAGGUGAGCCUCCAGGCGCCGCCGGACUUGGAGCUGAAGAUCGCAACCGCCCGGCAGACCGAUCAGACCGGCUCGUCGCCUUUUUCGGGGACCAUCAGGGUCACAUGAUCAGAAGGAUGAUUGGAAGAUUUGUUCAUAGAAGAGCUUUUGCUCAUCUGAAGAAAAAAAAGGAGAUUUUGCUAGUGGUGUAUGUGUGUGUUUUUGGCAAAACGAUGAUGUCCGUCAUGUAUCAUCAGAAAAUGAAACUUUACUGGCCUAAUUUGGUCGUGCAAAUAAAGAACGGUUGCCAUUCCCUCUUUGGCAUCGACCA